UGACCCACAGCCAAGUGGGCCCAUGUUUUCAGCGCCGCGCUGAAAGAUGGAAAUCAGUGGCACUUCUAUGAACCAAGGCUAGAACUAGCCUGCGGUUGAAACUCUCAUAUAUAGAGGCAUGAAAGGUCAGUCGACUCUAUACUCUGUGUACACCUCGCCCUUGAGUACAAUCGCUUGGAAGAGAGCCGACGGAUCAUCAUGUCAGGGCCAUAUCCUAUCCUGGAACAGCUGUUGAACCAGAAUCAAGUAUGGGCGAAAGUAGUCGACGAGAGCGACCCGACCUUCUUCCAGCGCACCGCGGAAGUUCAAGAUCCUAAGGUCCUAUGGAUUGGGUGUUGUGACUCCAGAGUUCCUGAGUCGGUCAUCCUCGGAUGCAUGCCAGGCCAGAUUUUCACACACCGGAACAUCGCUAACCAGGUCCAGCUCGAUGACCCCAACGGCAUAUCCGCACUCACAUACGCCAUCGCUGAGCUCGGCGUCGAGCACAUUAUCGUGGCCGGACACACCCGCUGCGGCGGUGUCGCAGUCUGCGUCGACCAUGCGCCCGACAAGGCCCUCGCGUUCAACUCCGUCAAGGAGUCAUACAGCCCGAAAGAGCCCAAGGAGACGGCGUCGUGGCCGCCACCAUCGCCCCUUGACGUCUGGCUCACUCCGCUCCGCGAGCUGGCGGAGUCGCAGCCACAGCCGCCGACGGUGCUCGAGCUUGUUCAGAUAAAUGUCAAGCAACAAGUUCUGAACGCCGUGCAGACAGAGGUUGUGAAGGAUCAUUGGGCGGGCACCGGCAGGGGAAGACUCAUCGGCGUGCAUGGGUGGAUGUACGAGCUGGAGACUGGGCGCGUGCAGGACCUCGACUGCAGUGUUUACGGAUCCACAUAUGCAUCCGCGUAGAGGUAGUUAGCUGGCUCUUGUUGACAUUGCGCACGUUCGUUUCCGCGCAAGGUUGGUGCGCGCUGCUGUGCUCUAUUUUUCCCGUGUUACGUGGCUCUCCUGAAACCCUUCGGCGGAUAUAAUGGCAUAUGAUGUAAGC